AUGUCUAAGACUGCCUCGACCCCUGGCGAGGUGAUUCCGCAGGCAGGACCUCCAAAGCCCAGGUCUAUACCACCCCAUCAGCUCCAUGUUCUGCCCGCACCAAUCCGGACCUUCCCACUGCCGGCAUUCUAUCCGAGCAACCCCGUCUCGCUCCUCCAUCUGGUCUACGCAUGGCUGAAACAUACCAUCUCCCCGCCGCCCGCUGAACCCUCGACGGUGCACAAGGGAACAUGGGACCCCAAAACCCGCUCCGUGCAUAUCACGGAUCCUGCUUCCAUGAGAGCAAUGUGGGAACAGGGUUUUUAUGGCAAGGGGAGCCUCAGCCGUAGUGAGCCCAAUUGGCUGAAGAGAGAGCAGAUCCGCAGAGGUGUUGCCGCGGGUAACGUCAGCGAGGAGUACACUGCUUCUAGGAGAGAACAGCGGAGAGUCGUGAAAUGGGAGAGAGCAAGGAUCGAACAAGAGGCGAUAGAACGAACCCGGUUUGAGGAAGCACUGUCUGCCGCCGAGGAUCAGAAACUCAUCCCCACUGGGCACCCUCAGAGGAAGCCCCCGCUGAGACUACCACCACCGAAGCCGCCUGUUGGUCCCCUGGAGCUCCUUGCCUUGCCUAAUUCCAUUGCCGAUUUGCAUGAUGCGCAAGGCAACGCCGGAACGCACUCUAUGCAUGUCCAGGAACCCGGCGCAACCUCGGUCAAUGGCACGCUCUUGCCCCCGCCUGCUUUGGAAAGAGAUGCCGUUCCGCACCAUGAUGAGCCUAGACACUCGAAUGGCGUGAACCACUUGGAGACCGAUAAAUCAGGCGCCCAUCCGAACGACCAUGCAGGUAUGAACGGCCCUGCGAAUGGCACGCUCAAUGGGUCGCUGUCCCCUUUGUCCCCUUGCGUUGCCAAGGAUGGCUCCAAAUCCAGUCCGCCUGGGAAAGAGUCGGAGGAGCAGCAGCCACUCAAGCAUCGGAAGAGCGUCCGUUUCUCUCCCAGAGUCGAGUCCACCACCUUCCAGCUUUCAGACCCCCCCAACCCCAAUCACUCAGCCGCGCUUCCACAGAAUAGCACCGCGCGUGAUGUCAAUGGAGUGGCCUCCGAGUCCACUAACAGCCCCUCGGAUGCCGAUGAGGUCAUCACAAACAAGGAGCACCUCCAGCUGUCUCCAGAAGAGGCGUUCUUCUUGGUGUUUGCGAUAGGGGCACUCACUGUUGUGGAUGGUGCCACGAACUCGCCCAUCCCCCCAGAGCAGCUCUUCACUCUCUUCCGAUCAUAUUCGCACUUCCCUCCCCGGAUAUCCGGCUCGUCUGUCGGCGAUCUCCAGCCACAAGACCCGUUCCUCGUCCACUACGCCGUGUACCAUCAUUUCCGAUCCCUCGGUUUCGUUCCACGACACGGCAUCAAGUUCGGUGUCGACUGGCUCCUAUACCAACGUGGGCCCGUAUUCGACCACGCCGAGUUUGGCCUGAUUGUUAUCCCAAGCUUCUCAGACCCUUGGUGGAAAGAACAUGGACACCACCCCCCGAAGAAGUCGUGGCAGUGGCUCCACGGUGUGAAUCGCGUUCUGUCUCACGUUCUCAAGUCACUGGUCAUCGUAUACGUGGACAUUCCCCCUCCACCAGCAUUUGACGAGGCUAUGGCGAGCCGCGACGGGAAUGGAGGAAUUGCGGCCGCCUUGAAGAAGUACAGGAUUCGGGAGAUCAUGGUCAGGAGAUGGUCAAGCAAUCGCAAUCGCUGA